GCCAUACUAAUACUACUACCACCACGAGCGAGCCAAGCUGAGAUACAUACGGACAUCACCCCCACCCACCCAGAGAGCGAGCCAUGGCCAUGGAGGCCGACGACGACGACCUGUGGGGCGCGGUCACCACCAGCCCCAGCGCCUCGCCCCCGCCGCCCUCCUCCGCCGCAGCCAUCUCCACCGCGCUCAGCCUCAACACCCGCCUCCAGCUCCUCGCCGCCACCGGCGUCGGCGGCGGCUCCCCGUUCCACCCCGGCGGCGUCGGCGCCGGCUCGCCGUUCCACCCGGGCGGCGGCUGCUACCGCAAUGCGGCCGCGUCCCCGACCUCCUUCUUCUCCUCUGCCGCGGCCUCCUUCCCCCGCAUCGCGCCCGUCGACGCCGGCCCCGCGCGCCGCGCGCUGGAGCGCGAGAUGUGCUACGGCCACGGCGCCGCCGCCUGGCCCGGGGCCCCCGGCGCCGGCGGGGGCGCCGCCGCGCCCGUGGACCGGCGCAAGAAGCGCAUGAUCAAGAACCGCGAGUCGGCGUCCCGCUCGCGCGCGCGCAAGCAGGCCCACGUCACCCAGAUCGAGUCGGAGGUGCACCAGCUGCGCGAGGAGAACGAGCAGCUCCGCCUCAAGUACGACCAGCUCAAGGCUUCGGUGGAGGUGUCGGUGCCGGUGAGGAAGACGCUGCAGAGGGUGCUCUCGGCGCCCUUCUGAUCCUUCUUCCUUCCCGAGGGGCCGAGAUCGAAGCAAGCAGCUCCUCCAGCCACCACCGCCACUACUACUACUCACAUAGCUAGAGUGUUGCAGUAGCUAGCACUUACUAGUAACUAUUACCAGCUACUACUACGGUGAUCAUCCAUCAUCGUCCCUGUAAAUCCAUAUGGAUGUUAUUGUGUUCCUCCUUUUCCUUGACUUUCACUAGGCCGGCCGGGGUUGUCUCAA